AUGCAGGAUCCUGAUAUACGUGGUAUGCCAUCAUGUUCUAUUUCUGUGCAUGAAAAAAAUGAAACUGUGCAUGAAUCUUCGUUAAGCGUAUCCUCUGAUACAUUAGAUACUUCAUUACCUACCGUGCAGCCAUCGAUGCAUAAGUCAGUGGCGUCGUCAAAGAAAGCGGCAUUUACGUUCUCGCCCGCAGUCCUUCUUUUCAUGGUGAUCACUCUGUUUGGUUUUGGUAUGAUGGCUGGCACAACAGUCACAUCUGUGGCGGCGCCAUCGAUCCAGAACUCUCUGAGUUGGGACCUCCCAUUUAUGCCAAAACGUGCUGUUGAUCAUGUACAGCCCCCUUCAACAGCUUUUCACGUCGACUUUUUCGAGCGCUUCACCAAGCGAGAAGAAUCUCUAGGAGGUGACUCGAAAGAAGGCAAGAAUAUGCCUAAAGGUAAGAAAGUGGCGUUUGCCCUGCUGAUCCCGAUUCUUGUCAUCUUAUCUGGCAUUUUUGCGGGUCUUACGCUGGGCUACAUGUCACUUGAUGAGACGCAAUUGCAGGUACUUAUGGCACAAGGAAGCCGAAAAGAGCGCGCGUAUGCCAGCAAGAUUGCCCCUGUUCGUCAGGAUGGUCACUUGCUUCUUACGACGCUGCUGAUUGCGAACAUGAUCACGAAUGAAACGCUGCCGAUUAUUGCAGAUCCUGUGCUGGGAGGUGGUAUCCAGGCGGUGAUUGUGUCCAUCGUACUUGUGGUUAUCUUUGCCGAGCUCAUUCCCCAAAGUGUCUGCUCGCGAUAUGGCCUCUACAUGGGUGCUCAUAUGGCCAUGUUCACUCGUGUUGUUAUGUUUAUACUGUAUCCUAUUGCCUGGCCAGUGUCGCGCAUUUUGCACUAUGCGCUAGGACCACACCAUGGUACAAUCUACCGCCGCGUCGAGCUCAAAGAGUUGGUCACGAUGCAUGAAGCUGCUGGUGGUCAUGGUGGUGAUCUGAAGCAUGAUACCGUUACGAUUGUUGGAGGUGCUCUGGACAUGCAAGAAAAAGUUGCAAAGCAAGCCAUGACGCCUAUUGAGAGGGUCAAUAUGAUUCCACUUACGGCGCGCCUUGACUAUCCCACGUUGGAUCGCAUUGUUCGGUCCGGUCAUUCCCGAAUUCCCGUGUAUCAAGAUUUGAAUGUGUCGAGGAGUGAGUCUGGUGCGGGCACACCAAACCGAGGAGAAACGGUAUCAUCGCGCAUAAGCCGUUCUCUUGGUCUGACACAACAGGUGGCUUUGCCUGAAGCACCAAGCAUCGGUGACGGCGCGGAGCUGGAACGCAAUCCACUCGCAGAUGAUUCGCGGGCACUGUACUCACAACCAACGACCCUUGAGCCGAAGGUGCACCGAAAGAUUGUCGGUGCUCUGUUGGUGAAGCAGUGUGUGCUACUCGACCCUGAGGAUGCUGUGCCUGUAAGUGAAAUGCUGAUCAAUGCGCUACCGACGGUGCCCUGGGAUGAGCCUCUGCUGAAUGUACUCAAUGUGUUCCAGGAAGGCCGUUCCCAUAUGGCGAUUGUGUCGCCGCACUCGUCGUACGCGGCCAAAGCUACUGUACCGCCAAAGACCAAAAUUCCUGCCACGCUCAAUGCAUCGUCUGAACUCGAAAAGGGCACAGCAGCAGAGUCAACCAAAGAGCCCAAGAUGAGGAGUCUGCGUUCGUCGCAUCUCCAGCGUCUGCUGCAUCGGCUGCGGGGUGGCAAAGCCAGUGACUUUGACAACCCGGAUCAUCCGAUCAGUGCGAGUAGCACACUGCCUCCAGCGAAAGUAGUGGAGCAGAAUCUUGCGCCGGAUGCACCACUGGGUAUCAUUACGCUGGAAGAUGUCCUCGAAGAGCUCAUCGGUGAAGAGAUUUUGGAUGAAUACGACUCGGACGGCCAGUCGGACACUGGAUCGACGUCGACAUGGGAUAUACCCAUGAGUGAGAACAAAACGGAUAGGGACAGCUUGGAAGACCGGCACGAUCAGCGCUUGACGACUUCUUCGGCAACGCCGUCGCCAUUGGUCUUCGUCAAGUCACCUAAGGCUUCGCUCGUGCCGCCAUCCACGGCCAUGCAAGCUUUGGAGGGUGACGACAUCACACUCACGAAACCCAUGAUCUCGUCAGAAAAUAUAUAA